UCGACACCGGCUGUCUGGCGGACGGUCAGACUCUCGCAUCGGGUUAUGCGGGGCAUCGGUCAUUCCUCCGACACAACGAAUUUAAAAACUAACCGUAUUAACCCGGGGCAUGGGCUUCGACACAAAGAGCUGUAAAUGAUAGCAUUUUGGUGAGACAUACACACUGAACCACAACAUGUCAGGAUUAAAAUACCACAUGUCACUGCCUGUGGCCGUUGGCGUCCUCUUGGUGGGCCUCCCAUAUUCCAUCUCUCUGGCUGCCCAGUGGAUUUAUGGAUGGCCCAAUAAGCCUGGGUAUAAAAAGUACAUCGAAGCUCUAAAACCAAGACGGAUAUACUGUUUGACCAGAGCUGUGCUGGAAACGCUCAAAUAUCUGCAGUAUGGGAGACUUUACUUUCAGUGGAAGUCAUGGUACAAGAAUGAAGAAAACCUUAAGCAUUAUGAAAAGGCUGUCACGUUUGGCCGCCGAGGCAACAAGCUGGACCUGUACCACCCGAACAUGGGCAAGCCUGCUGAUGUGCCUGCACCUCUGGUGGUUUUCAUCUAUGGAGGUGCAUGGGGCUCUGGAGAAAGAUCCAUUUACUGUCUGCUGGCCAGGCAAAUGGCUGAAGAACUGAGUGCAACUGUAGUUUGUCCUGAUUACUGCACCUAUCCUAAGGGGAACGUAUUAGGAAUGGUCCAAGAUAUUGCUGACUGCUUGGUUUGGGCCCAAGAGAGUGGACAGAGGUUCAACUUUGACAAAGACAACAUUGUGUUAAUUGGCCAUUCAGCCGGUGCACAUCUGUGUGCUUUGACCACGCUGUUUCUCAUUGACACAAGGGAGGAGCUUUUCAUCGAGGCCAGUAAGCAGCAGGACAUUGCACGGGCGAUAAGAGGAGUUAUUGGUCUCAGUGGUGUGUACAACAUCAUGGACCAUUAUGAGCAUGAGCAGAAGCGAGCGGUCGAAUAUGUGUCCACCAUGCACAAAGCCAUGAAUGGAGUGGAAAACUUUCCGUACUACUCACCAACACACUUACUGAAGAAGCUCAGCCAGGACAAACUGAACAGAGUGCCUCCGUUUGUUUUGCUCCAUGGGACCAGUGACAUUAUUGUUCCUGUUGAAUCUUCCACAAAAUUCUCUGAACUUCUCACCUCGUUGUCUGUGAAGGUGUCGCUUUACCUGCUGCCAAGGGUCGACCACACAGAGAUUGUCACUGAUCUCAUGGCAUCAGACAGGCGGUUCUACCAUCCCAUCUACAGCUGCAUCAAACAGGAAUACAGAAAACUUCUGGGAACCUGCUGACAUCCCAUCUGAUCAUUAUCCAUCAGAAAAACAUCACUCGCUCCAGUAUUUACUGAUUGUGCCACACACUUUGUUUACAGUAUCUGCUCUAAUACCUCAACGAAUAUUUAGCCUUGAUUUGAACUUUUAUGUUGUGAUUCCACAAUAAUGAUUUAAAUUAAACAGUUCUCUGAUUGCCACUGAAGUGAUUGGACUGCAGUCUGGAUAACCUGAAGAGAAAUUAUUCAUGAAGCAAUAACAGCAUUAUGAAAAACAUAGUAAAGCACACUACUGUAUAGUACUGAAAUGAAAGUCCAGUUAGCUUUUACUGCAGUGUCAACAUUUUGAUGAAUUAACUUGUUUGCUUACUUAAUAUAUUCUGACAUAUUAUUUUGAAUUCCUAUUUAAUGAUCACAGGUACAGACAUAUUAAACCUACUUGAAUGAA